UGUCUAUUGAUCUCAUGCCAACCCUGUGACCUCUGAUGACCCUUAUCUCUUGGGAAAACUGGCAGAGACAGAAACAGAGAGAUGUCAGUACCCUGACAGGAUUAGAUAUUCUGUUGUCUAGGAUGUCACUGAAUCUGCGGCAGGGAAAUGAACAAACUCUAGGGUCCUCCUAGAAAUUUCCUGGCACACCCAAAAAAUUUAGAAAAAUUUGUGGGGGCAGGGGAAGAGUUAAAUGGUGUCAAUAACAGAGGAACAAGUUGAAGCUUCAAAGGUUCAAGAGAAUGGAGUUGCCAGACAUGUGCGACUGGGUGAGACUGAGUUUAGCACCAAUAAAAUUGCUGUGGAUAAACCAGUCAUGUCCAUCACCAAUGUUGACGAAAAUGGGUAUGAGUCUGAGGUGUCAGGAGAGAACGAUUACGUGGAGAGUGAAGUUGAUUACACACGAAACUAUUGGGAGGAUGAGGACGAUAUCUACCAGGAGUUUGAGGAGUUGGACUUCGAGGCCCUGCCAGAUCGCUCGGACACGCGGAGCAUUGCCUCUGAUGAUUCUUUCUAUCCCCCAGAUAAUUCCAUUAUGUCCUUCAUGUACCGCUCAGAGAGCCCUGACAGCCCACAGCCCAUUUCCUUCUUUAAAGCCUGCUGCAACAACAAUGCAAUCAUCGUCAAGAUUAUGAUCAGACAAGGAGUGACCGAAGACGAAGUUAGAGAGACGGAUAGGAACAGAAGAUCCGGCCUGAUCGUGGCGUGCUACCAUGGCUACGUGGACGUGGUCAUCGCCCUCUCUCAGUGCCCGUAUGUUGACGUCAACUGGCAGGACAACGAGGGCAACACCGCUCUUAUUACUGCAGCACAAGCAGGUCAUAUGAUCAUCUCUCACUACCUACUCAACUAUUUCCCUGGACUGGACAUCGAGAGGAGGAACUGUCACGGGUUUACAGCUUUAAUGAAGGCUGCCAUGCAGGGCAGGGCUGAGGUUGUCCGAGCUCUCAUGCUGGCUGGAAGUGAUAUUCAGGCACGGGACAACGGCCGCAAUAUGACACCCAGGGACUGGGCUCUCUUCACUGGCCGAUACGAGACCGCGUUUCUGAUGUAUAGGCUGAUGUCAAAGCCCUGUGCCGAGCAGUUCUGUGACUCCUUCUCCAUGGAGUGGCCCAUGCUCGAGGAGCUGGUGGCCCAGGCCCAAGAACCAAAGUCCUGCUGGAGACAUUUGAUCAACCUCCUGUCCUGCUGCUGCCCUUACAGGUUUUACAUCAAAAACAAGGUUAACCCUGUGGAUGAUGGUGUUCUUGACCACAUGGUCCAGGUCACCACCAGUAUCUCCAGUCCAUUCAUUGCGACAGCUUGCCGCACGGUUUGUCCGGGCAGCCCGCCGUGCAUCGGAAAGCGUCGUCACGCUGUCCAGGAGAUCCUGAGGAGGCAGCGCGUGGCUGAGCUCAAGCAAAUGGGUCCCGACAGACUGAACAACUACAAGAGAUUUUUCCAGAACUCCCGGAUCCUCCUCAUCCCCAAGGCGAGGGAUCGGAGGUCCAGCCUCCAGCCUCAGCUGCUGAGCGAGGUAGCUGCAGUGUCCGUGGUGGCUAUUAGACGGGCAAGUCUCCUGCCUCUGCAUAUGCUGAGGCGCAGCAGUGUGCGGCCAGGCAUUGUGGUGCCCAAAGUGAUGCUCUGCAAAGCCCCGGUUCCGAACUUUAAACCUGAAAAACUCAGAAGGAACAGUAACCACAACCAGCUCCAGAUCCCAAAAUGGGACUACAAGAUGAAGAGAAUAGAGAGGAAGCAGCAGGAGGAGGAGAGGAAAAGACUGUUACCUCUGAUAAAGAAGAGAUAAGGGGAAAGGGGAGUGCAGCUGUAUGUUCACAUUAACUGAGAGAGCAGGACAUGACUUGCUGCAAGAGCUGGCUCUUUGAAAAAGUUGAAAAGUCAACUUGAUAAAUCGACUCUUUAAACGUGAACAUAACUGCUCACCUUCUUUUUUGUUUGCUCUGAUUGUCGACAUUGUUGAAAUUGUUGCCUUGUUUCUGAGUGCAUAUGCUUCAUUUGUGAGACAUAAUAUUUUAGUUUGAGGGGUUUGAGAGGAGAAAGACAAAGAUCAGCAACAGGACAUCAUGCUUAAUUGUACAGGACCCACAGGGUAAAAUGUUGAAAAAAGUUCAAUUUGGUGCAAAAUUUGCCAUAGAAGACCAUCAAGGGGCCAGAAAUAGGACUUGAAGAGGCGGGGAGGUGGCAGCCAGUCAGGAUUUCACAGGAUGGAGAGAAGAGCUUCGACACAGCCAAAUGCCGAUUGGUGGCUGACUGCUGCAGCACAUUUCCACAGGAAAGGAUCGCUGUGCAUGCAGGAGGAAGCCAAGACGCCAGUUUACACUGAUACAUGCUUGAACAGGUAUUUGCAAGUAAGAGCUUAUGAGCAGUGUAUGACAGCUGAGCUGAGGAACUGGCUCACGCAGGCUUUAUACAAGCUUUGUAGAGAACCAGAGAAGCAGAGCCAAAAAUAAACAGCUUAGCACAAGACUGUUGACUUUCAAAAUAAUCACUAGAUAGGCCACUGCUACUGUACGCUACUGUAUCCAUCAUUUGGAAUGGCAUUGAUGGAAAAGCAUUUACAAAUACAUAGCUAUGAAAAGUCAGUGAGGACAAAGUAUAACAUAUGGCAUGAGAAUGACACAGGUUUAUCUGUACUAUACAAUAGUAAUAUAAUAUAAUUUAAUAUUUUUAUAUUUUUC